GGAGUUUUGGUUUAAUGAGUAUGAGAUAGUCAUAUGUUUUAUGUUUUCUGAAUGUAGGUUUUCCAGAACUAUCGGCUUUGUGGAUGCUGGAAUCAACUUUUCUUUGCAAGUUUUCAAGAAUGCUCAUCUUACUUAGUGGAGGCAGUAAGCAGUUGUUGAAUGCAAGUUAAUUUGGAACCGAAGCACUAUAUCAUCCGGGAUUUUGCAAAGACAACUCUUUCUCAAGAUGACUAAAAGAGGUGGAAAAGCUAAGGUAUUAGCACCAGGAAAACUUCAAGAAGAACGAAAUCGCAUAAUUAACAAGAAGCAUAUCGUUAGGAAACCUGCUCAAACAACAUUGUCUAUGCAGGAUGCAUCAUCGGCACCAACACCAGCUCAGGCAGCACCGUCCGUGCAGGUUGCAUCGUCGAUGCCGACAUCAGCUUCGAAAAAAUCAUCUGUGCAGGCUGCAUCGUCGAUGCCAACACCAGCUCAGGAAGCAUCGUCCGUGCAGGUUGCAUCAUCAAUGCCAACAUCAGCUUCUAAAAAAUCGUGUGUGCAGGCUGCAUCGUUGAUGCCAACACCAGCUCAGGCAGCAUCGUCCGUGCAGGCUGCAUCGUCGAUGCCAACACCAGCUCAGGCAGCAUCGUCUGUGCAGGCUGCAUCGUCGAUGCCAACACCAGCUCCAACUGUAGUACCUGUUCAUGCCACUACCUCUGAGAAAUUCAGUUUUAUGCCUACUCCAACUUUAAGCCAUCAAACAAUGGCUGGCCCUCAAAGUAUAAACCUUCAAACAAUGGCUAGCCCUUCAAAUUUGGCAGAGGAGGAAGAUGUGGAUGCUGAUGAGGAUGAGGCGGUGGGUCAAGAAACUAUUACCCCUCUUGUGCCAACAAUAGAUGAGAAUGGGAAAGUUAUUAUAAAACCAUCUGGUACUGGGCUAGUUCCUGCCAAAGAAGUUGCUGGUGCCAUUAAUUAUGUGAUACGCAAACAAUUUUAUAAACCUAUACAUCAUUGGUCUGCACUCGAUCCUGAUACGAAAGCUGAUUGGUUUAAGUUGUUUGGAGAGAAGGUUUCGUGGGAUCCUUUCGAUCAUGCAUUUGUCUAUAGCGCAUUUGAAAAAAAGGAAGAAAACGAUUAA